AUGGACGGCUUUUCGCCCACGGCCGAAGGCAUUGUCAAAUUGGUACCGAGCUGCAACAAGCUGGACUAUACGCCCAGACAUUGGCACCGGGAUAACUAUCUGAUCUCGACGGAGCCUGCCCUGAUACAGGUCGAUGAGGUCAAUGCCGCGCUGAGCACAGACGCCAUGUGGUGGGCAAAGAGCCUCCCACGGGAUCUCUUGAAGAAGGCCCUGCAUAAUUCGCUCAGUUUUGGCCUGUACGCCCUGCCGCAACCAGAUUCCAGUGGUUCUAACAGCAAUGGUACGAAACAGGUCGGCCUCGCGAGGGUAAUUACAGAUGACGUGACUUUUGCGUACCUCUCAGACGUGUACAUCCUGCCGGAACACCAGGGCAAGGGACUUGGGCGGUGGCUGCUCGAAUGUCUUGACGAGGUCAUCAAGGACUGGCCGCACCUCAGACGGUUCAUGUUUCUCACGACUGACGCGAUGGACUUUUACCGCAAGACCCUGGGCGCGAAGGAGUGGAGUGAGUUCAAGACUGGGGCGACAAAGAUAGGCAUGGUCGAGGGUCCUGGGGCACCUUCGCAUUGA